AUGACGGUCGGUCAUCGGUCAUUGAUCGACCAACUGGUGUUCAUGACCGACCACAAAUUUGCUGUGAUCGGACAUUCCUACAUGAUUGUUGGUGAAGCUUUGGCAAGGAUGAUGUCUGAACAAGGAGCUCGACUCAUUAUUUCAUCUAGAAACAAAGAAGAGCUUGAGGACAUCCAAAAGUCAAUGAACAAUGGACACAAUGUGAAGUUUGUCUACAUUUCUGUUUACAUGGUGUUGGUUCUUGAUUUAUCAAACAUUCCAAAUGCACCAGAAUUGGUGAGGCAGGCAUUGGACAUGUAUGGACACAUCGACGUGUUGGUGAACAAUGCAGGCAUAUUCUGCCGGGUUCCAGUUGAAGAAGUGACCGACGACUUGCUGAGAAAGAUAAUGGAGGUAGACUUCUUUGGUCAGGUGGCUCUCACACAGGCGGUUUUACCAGAUAUGCUGGAGCGUAGGUGUGGUCAGAUUGUGAACGUUCUCUCUGUUCUUGGGAAAUUUGGUUAUCUAUUGAGGGCACCUUAUUCAGCUGCCAAAUUUGCUUUGAAUGGAUAUAUGUCUACUCUUCGACUUGAGAUGACCAGCAAGGGCAUUUCAGUGUGUAACAUAAUGCCUGGUCCUGUUAUCACAAAUGUCAGUAAGAAUUCUCUUCUUGCCGAUGGCAAAAGCAUUUGGAAAGACAGACAAACUUAUUGCAACCGGAAUGAAGGUGAAGAGGUGUGCCGAGCUGAUCAUCAAGGCAAUGGCAUCUAAUGUGCAAGAGGUGAUGUAAUUUUGAAUUCGUUGAAUUGUAGUGAUGAUUGUAGAAUUUGUAGUUAUGUCAGUCUGUUGGUGACUGUUCCUUGUGUGAUGUUUUUAUAGGGUUGGAUA